GGUCGUCCCUAGUUACCACGUCCACAGUCGAAAUUAUGGCUAAAUCUGAUGUUAACCUUAACCACACUGCUAACAUUUUGGCUAACCCGAACCUUAAACGAAGACCAAACAUCUAUUUUUUUGUUUUCAUAAAUAUUUAUGAUUACAACCAAUUUUGACUUUGUGGUUUUGGUAAACUAGUGAAAACCUCGGAGUUACACGUGGUCACGUCACGUGCGCCAUCAUUCAAGAUCAAGAUGGCAGCCUCCGUGUGUCGGUGCUAUGAGCUGGUCGGAAGACGUCUUCUGCUCCUGUCAUCCCGUGCUGUCGUCUCCUCAUUCAAUAGAGGAGAUGCCUACAGGAUAUGUGGGUCUCCGGCUGUCCCUGUGCAGGUGCGGUAUGCGUCAGAACGACCUAGUCGUAAAGGCUUUUUCGGGGAGUUUGUGGAGAACCUGAGGCAGGAGUUUGGUAAGGACAAGGAGAUGAAGGAGAACAUCAAGAAGUUCAGAGAGGAGGCCAAGAGGCUAGAGGAGUCGGAUGCCCUGCAACAGGCUCGGAGGAAAUUUAAAACCAUUGAGUCUGAAACCGUUAAGACCUCUGAGGUGUUCAAGAAGACCUUUGGGACUCUGUCUGAAACUGUGAAGGAGGGCCUUGAGGAGGUGACCCGUACAGACCUGGGGAAGAAAAUCAAGGAGGGGGUGGAGGAGGCAGCCAAGACUGCCAGGCACUCGGUUGAGUCUGUGUCCAAGGGGGGAGAGAAGCUGGGAGUGACAAGCGCCUUCAGGGCCAUCUCACAGGGGAUGGAGUCAGUGAAGAGAGAGAUUGAUGUGGUGGACGAUGGUACUUACAGGGCUCCUUCUCAACUCAGGAAGAGGUGGGAAUUCUCCUCCAAGGGAGGGGAGAGCGACAGCCGAGUGUUUGAGGCCAACGAAGAGGACAUGGGUGUUGUGCUGCACAAGGAUUCUAAGUGGUACACACAGUGGAAGGACUUUAAAGACAACAACAUGGUUUUCAACAGGUUCUUUGAGAUGAAAAUGAAGUAUGACGAGAGUGACAACGCCCUUGUCAGAGCAUCUCGAGCCGUGACCGACAGAGUCACCGAUCUACUAGGUGGUCUCUUCUCUACCACGGAGAUGUCUCAGGUGCUGACGGAGAUCUUAAAGGCAGAUCCCAGCUUCGACAAGGACUCCUUUCUCAAACAGUGUGAGAAGGACAUCAUCCCCAACAUCCUAGAGGCUAUGAUCCGCGGGGAGCUCGAGAUGCUGAAAGACUGGUGCUAUGAAGCGACAUACAGUCAGCUGGCCCACCCCAUCCAGCAGGCCAGGGCCCUGGGUCUAAUGUUCCAGUCCAAGGUCCUAGAUAUAGACAAUGUAGAUUUGGCGAUGGGGAAGCUCAUGGAUCAAGGCCCCGUGUUGAUCAUCACCUUCCAGGCCCAGGUGGUCAUGGUGAUUCGUAGUCCCAAGGGAGACCUGGUGGAAGGAGAUCCGGAGAAGGUGUUGAGGAUGAUGUACGUGUGGGCUCUGUGUCGGGACCAGGAAGAGCUCAACCCCGACGCGGCCUGGAGACUACUGGACAUGUCUGCCUCCAGCACCGAGCAGGCUCUUUGAGAGAUGAGGGACCCGACAAAGGGACGCUCCCGGGACACACACACACACACACACACACACAUCCAGGAUCUACACACACAAGCCAGUGUACACCACAACAGCACACAUAUCCAGGAGCCACACUGUAUGUCAAGAGGACGUGGCGGCAUGUCACUUUCCAGAUGCGUACUAGAGUGGUGUGUUUGUGGUUAGUCCUCAUGGGAUCUUCUACUGGUGUGUGUGGUCUUCGGAAAGAAAUAGUGUGUAUGGACACGAAGUGAAAGGACAGUUUGUUUUCAGUUGUGCACCGGGGCCUCCCACUCUUUCUAUUCUGGUUAGAGCAAGGUUGCUUUCUGUGAAGGUUUGCUUUCUGUAGUACACAGCUUUGUAUGAGAUCUUCAGUUUCUUGGCUAUUUCUUGCAUGGAAUAGUUUUAAUUUCUCAGAACAAGAAUAGACUGACGAAUUUCAGAAGAAAGUUCUUUGUUUCUGGCCAUUUUGAGCCUGUAAUCGAACCCACAAAUGCAGAUGUUCCAGAUACUCAACUAGUCUAAAGAAGGCCAGUUUUAUUGCUUCUUUAAUUAGCACAACAGUUUUCAGCUGUGCUAACAUAAUUGCAAAAUUGUUUUCUAAUGAUCAAUUAGCCUUUUAAAAUUAUAAACUUGGAUUAGCUAACACAACGUGCCAUUGGAACACAGGAGUGAUGGUUGCUGAUAAUGGGCAUCUGUACGCCUAUGUAGAUAUUCCAUAAAAAAAUCAGCCAUUUUCGAGUUACAAUUUUCGAGUUAGUCAUUUACAACAUUAACAAUGUCUACACUAUUUCUGACCAAUUUGAUGUUGUUUUAAUGGACCAAAAAUGAGCUUUUCUUUCAAAAACAAGGACCAAGGAUUUGUUAGUGUUUUAUGGUUUUUACGGGAAGACAAACUGAAGAUAAAUAGGAUAUCUAUGUAUGUUUAAAGAUCCAUCGUGUCACGUCUCCAAAUACUCAUGGCAAUUCAGACUCUUAAACUCUUAAAUAUGUCAAACUGCUUCAUUGCAAGCUAGGGUGGGACCACAGUCAGGCUUGUCGUAGUAAGGCAGCUACUUUUUCAGCUGAACCUCAUAGACAUUGCACUGAUGUUCUUAGUACUUCCAGAUGUACUUAUAUGGUACUGUAUGAGAGACUGCCUGCAACGGGUAUGUAUAUGGCUGUUUUUAGAUUAUUUGUCUGUAUUACAUGGUUUUCACAUCAGGAAACUGGAAUACUGGUAACUGAAAGGGUUAUUUUUGUUAACCAUAACUCAAUAACAGAAAAUAAUAUUUCAGGGAGUGUUGUAGCUAACUGAUUUGAGUGUUUCAUUCAGAGUUGGUUCUAGCAUGCGGAAAUGUGAUAUUUCAUGACAAAGGGCAAUAUAUUUCAGCCGUCUAUACAGAUAACAUGUAAAUCUAGUGCUCUGAGAUGGACUAUUCAUCAAAACAAGGACCAUCAUUCUAACAAAAGUAUGGUUUAAUGUUGUGAGCUCUAGAUUAAAGGAUAUAAACCAGGA